CUCCCGCGCUCUCUGCCGCCCGCGCUAGACGCACCCAGACACUGCUCCGCUCCCGCCGCGGUUACUGGGCCAUGGGUCUCCCGCCCGCCCCGACCCCCAGCGAGGCCGUUCCGUCUGCGGCGUGACGGGCGGCCCAGAUGGUCACCAUGGGCCAAUGUUACUACAACGAGACCAUCGGCUUCUUCUACAACAACAGUGGCAAGGAGCUCAGCUCCCACUGGCGGCCCAAAGAUGUGGUUGUGGUAGCACUGGGGCUGACUGUCAGUGUGCUGGUGCUGCUGACCAACCUGUUGGUCAUUGCAGCCAUCGCCUCCAACCGUCGCUUCCACCAGCCUAUUUACUACCUGCUUGGCAAUCUGGCCGCAGCUGACCUCUUUGCCGGCGUGGCCUACCUCUUCCUCAUGUUCCACACCGGCCCGCGCACGGCCCGGCUCUCGCUUCGGGGCUGGUUCGUGCGGCAGGGCCUGCUGGACACAAGCCUGACAGCAUCAGUGGCCACACUGUUGGCCAUCGCCAUGGAGCGGCACCGCAGCGUGAUGGCCGUGCAGCUGCACAGCCGCCUGCCCCGCGGCCGUGUUGUCAUGCUCAUUGUGGGCGUAUGGGUGGCCGCACUGGGCCUGGGGUUGCUGCCUGCCCACUCCUGGCACUGCCUCUGCGCCCUGGACAGCUGCUCGCGCAUGGCCCCCCUGCUCAGCCGCUCCUACCUGGCCGUCUGGGCCCUGUCCAGCCUGCUCGUCUUCCUGCUCAUGGUGGCUGUCUACAUCCGCAUUUUCUUCUAUGUGCGAAGGCGGGUGCAGCGCAUGGCGGAGCAUGUCAGCUGCCACCCCCGCUACCGCGAGACCACGCUCAGCCUGGUCAAGACUGUUGUCAUCAUCCUAGGGGCAUUUGUGGUCUGCUGGACGCCGGCCCAGGUGGUGCUGCUCCUGGACGGUCUGGACUGCAAGUCUUGCAACGUCCUGGCUGUGGAGAAGUAUUUCCUACUCUUGGCUGAGGCCAACUCACUGGUCAAUGCCGUGGUGUACUCAUGUCGCGAUGCUGAGAUGCGCCGCACUUUCCGCCGCCUCCUCUGCUUUCUGUGCCUGCGCCGGUCCACCCACGAGUCUGCCCGCUAUACACCCUCUGCCCGGACAGGUGCCAGCACACGCAUCAUGCUUCCUGAGAAUGGCCACCCAUUGAUGGACUCCACCCUUUAGCCAACCUUGGACUUCAGCAGGAUGCAGCAAGUACCCGAUCGCUCCCCUGACAACUCGUGGAUGUGCCUGGCUCAACCCAACCUGAGGGACAGAAUUCAAGGCAGACCCUUGGUCAGGAUGGCACGACACCCCUGCCAGCCCUCCCCAGACAUAACUCUACUCCAGGGCCUGUGGGUGUGUGGGAAUCUGGCUCUUCAGUGAUCUCAGGUUGUGGGGUUUUUAAUGAACAUUUUUCUGUUUUUACUGCAACAUCCUUGGUAAACCCUGUGGAUCUCUUCCUUGUC